GGAAAAAUUCUCUAUAUUAUCUCUACACAAAAUAUAUCAGGAGAGUUCUCUAUAUUAUCUCUACACAAAAUGUAUCAGAAGAACUCUCUAUAGCUUAACUUGUUUUCCUACAGGUGAGAAGACUUGGAUGAAUUGACAUCACAGAGAAGGAAGAACGGAAGCCAUUGUUAUAUGGUGGUACAAUGUAUCAGUUGUUCUAUCACUUCAUGCAUAUCGAGAUUUCAGAUAAGAUACACCAGAAUUCAUAGCUUAAGCAAUGUUCUCUUUGACAUUCAAUUUUAUUACUGAUAACCCUAUGUUAUUGUAAAUUCAUUCAUUUUCCUCCAAAGGUGUACACAUGUUAAAUUCUUCAUUGCUUGUUUAGCUCACCUGAGUCGAUGGCGAGUUUUUCUGAACAAAAUUUGUCCAUUGUCCAUCGUCUUUUCCAGAACCACUGGGUAAAUUUCAACCAAACUUGGCACAGAGCACCUUUGGGUGAAGGGGAUUCAAAUUUUUAGCCCCUUCAAAAAUGCAAAAAUAUGAUGGGGUAAUUUUAAAAUCUUCUCAAGAACCACUGGGCCUGAAGAAAUAAAAUUCAUAUGAAAGCCUAUUGACAUAUUAAAAUUUGUUAAAUGUGUGCCUCCCCCCACCCUCCCCAGGGAUAGCAUGGUGCACAAAACGGGAUAAAAAAAUACAUGCAAAUAUAUAGGGAAAUUUUUUAAUGUCUUCUGAAGAGGCACUGGCCAGAAAAGUACAGAUUUACAUCAAAGGUUUCUGAUAUAGUGCAGAUUAAAAUUUGUUAAAAUCAUAGCCGCGAGGGGUUGAAUUGGGCCGCAAUAGGGGGUAAAAGUUUCACCUACAAAUAUAAUCCAGAUAUUUUUGAAGAUCUGAUGAAGAACCACCGUACCAGAUAUGUUUAUGUUUACAUGAAAGUUUCCUGACAUAGUGCAGAUUGAAGUUUGUUAAAAUCAUGGCCCCGGGGUGUAGGGUGGGGCCACAAUAUGGGAACAACGAUUUACAUGGGGGAAAAUGGGCAAAUCUUCUCAAGAACCACUGAGCAAAAAAAGUUGCCAAAACAUUUCUUUUAGUGAUGUAACCAGUGAAAAUAGACUUUUCUUCUAGCUGCCACCCCCCCCCCCCCCCCCCUCCACUGCAGGGGAUCAAAGUUUUGCAUACAAAUAUACACUGGACCAGAAAAGUUUACAUUUACAUGUAAGCUUUCUGACAUAGUACUGAUUCAAAAUCUCCCAGGGGCUGGGGUGGGUUUAGGUAGGAGCCACAAUAGGGAUUAAAGUUUUACAUUCGAAUAAUUAUGUAGGGGAAAUCAUUCUGAGAAUUUCACUUUUUAAAUGGCAUAAAUAGUAGGUUUAUGUUUUUUUGAUGCGGCAUAAACCUAUAGCAUUUGGCAUACACCUGACCAAAACUCCUUGCAGGGAGUGCACCACAUUUCUCUCCCCUCAAAAUUCAACCAUACUCGUCUGUUCAGCCAUUGUGGUUUGAAUUCACGUUUUCUUUUUUUUCUUUUUCAUAUAGCUUGCGUUUUUCUUGUUCUGAUUUUUUUGUUUGUUUGACACCAUUUGGAAUAAUACCGGGCUUUACGUGCCUUCAGAAUAUUUUAACUGCAGAACCAUUUACACAUCAUUUGUUGACGUUCACCUCAAAUUAUAUUUGCUAAGUAAGAAGUAUAUUAUUUUCUUUUAACAUUCUUGCAAUAUUUGAAUAGUUGCGAAAUAAAGAAGAAAGGACAACUCUUGUUAUAUUGUUAGGGAAAAUUUCAAUUUAAAAAUCGAUCCGAAUAAAAUUCAUCAAUGCAGAUAAAAAAAAAGCAUCGACAUUUAAAGAGAUACGAAUCAUACGCUGAACAAUUUGUCUAGAACACGUCAUAAUCUUCAAACCACUUACACACUUAAGUCGUAUAUUUUAAAAUCAAUGGGAGCACAAUCCACGUCCCAAAAUAGAUUUUGACGAUUGUAAGGGAAAAUAUUUAUUAUACCCCCGCAACAAGUUGUGGGGGGGGGGGGGUAUACUGGAAUCAGGUUGUCCGUUUGUCUGUCCGUCCGUCCGUCCGUCUGUAGACACAAUGGUUUCCGGACUCUAAAGCAUUAUCCUUUCCACCUACCGUCACCAUAUCAUACAUAUGGACUACCCAUGGGAUGAAGAUGUUCCCUGUCGAUUUUGGGGUCAAAAGGUCAAAGGUCAAGCGCACUGGACAUCGAAGUAGCAAUAUGGUUUCCGGGCUCUAAAGCGUUAUCCUUUCCACCUACCGUCACCAUAUCAUACAUAUGGACUACCCAUGGGAUGAAGAUGUUCCCUAUCGAUUUUGGUGUCAAAAGGUCAAAGGUCAAGCGCACUGGACAUCGAAGUAGCAAUAUGGUUUCUGGCCUCUAAAGCGUUAUCCUUUCCACCUACAGUCACCAUAUCAUACAUAUGGACUACCCAUGGGAUGAAGAUGUUCCCUAUUGAUUUUGGGGUCAAAAGGUCAAAGGUCAUACAUAUGGACUACCCAUGGGAUGAAGGUGUUCCCUAUCGAUUUUGGGGUCAAAAGGUCAAAGGUCACACGCACUGGACAUCGAAGUAACAAUAUGGUUUGGUUUGUCAUGCCAUUUGUUUUUUACACUCAGAAAAGAGGUAGUUUAUACCUAUUACCAACACCCUUUGGGAGAUUGGGGUAAGCGGGGGGCAUUGCUCACAGUACCUCUUGUUUUAAGUGCAUUAUCACACACGUAGCAUAAUUAUUUCUUUGUUUCUUGGAAUUUGGCAUAGACAAUUCGGGAUAUCUUAUUUGCACAUGACAUGGUACAACCUCAUUUGGCAUAGCCGCGGUCUCUCGGUUAAAUUCUGAGACUGGAAAAUCUUUAAAUAUGGGUUAAGGUGACUCGGGUGAGCAAUGUGGCUCAUGGGCCUCUUGUUUUAAAUAUCCUACAGUUGCCAUAUCACUGCAUAGAUGAAUUCAAUACUAUAGUUUUUCCACAGGUGAUAGCAGUUAGAUUUAUCAGCAUCACAAGAUAACAGCUAGAUAUAGCAGCAUCACAAGGAGAGAAGAAUGGAAAACAUGUGGUGGUUCAUACUGGACUUUCAUGAGGUCCUGCAGAACUGAGAAAAGGAAGUCGACAUCAAAGUGGUAAUGUUCCUAUCACACAUAAAGUGAUUGUAUUCCUAAAGACCCCGACCCUCCACAUCAUGGACACACUAGGACUCAGCUUUCAACUAAAAGUACGACAAUGUUCUCAAUGUCAGAGGGACACUGAAUUUUACUGUAACACAUGUAAACGUGAUCUGUGUUUACAUUGUAAAAAGAAACAUGUUACAGAAAAUAACACCAAAUAUCACAAUGUAGUGUUCUAUAUAACUCGUCAUACUGAGAGGAGUUUUACCACACAGUGUAAACUACGACAGUGUUCUCAAUGUCAGGGGGACACUGAGUUCUACUGUAACACAUGUAAACGUGAUCUGUGUUUACAGUGUAAAGAGAAACAUGUCAUUGAUCUAGAUAUCAUAUACCAUGAUGUUGUGAUUUACCGUGAGAAGUUUAAUUGUUUCCCUUUACGAGAGACCUGUGUCAGACAUCCAAAGAGAAAAUACAGAAUGUUCUGUGAUCAGUGUAACUAUUCCGUGUGUAAGUGCUGUACAGACCACAGAACACACGCGCUGGUGGAUCUUAGAACAGCCUAUCAAACAAAGCGACAACAACACAGAGAAAUCAUUGACAACAUCAGAAGUGAGACUCUCUAUAACUGUCGUGUUCUCCUGGCAGGAAUCCAAACUGAUAUCCAAACUUGUCCCCCACAAAUCUGUCACCGUCAAUCACAGAUGUCAACAAAAGCCCAGAGACUGAAGGAUCUGAUUGACACUGUGGUAUGUGAUGUUAAAUUAUUGAUUGAUAGAAUACAACAACAGAAGAGAAAAAUGAACAGACAACUUGUUCACCUACAGAACUAUGAAGACAGAUAUGAACAAUCAGCAAACAGAGCGGUACAAUUCCUCUUGUUUAUAAAGACCAGUCGUGUCCCCCAGAUAAAGAACAGUCCUAGUCAGUUAUUGAGUGUCAUCACAGAAAUCCAAAUGACAACAGGAAAACGACAAGUAGGAAUAGACGAGUGUGUGAAACUGAUGUCCACACCUGUAUUACACACGUCUGUCUGUGUGACAGGUGUUAGUUAUGUGUUUCACAUAUCUCGUGUGAUGUCAGACCGGGUCUGGGUCUCUGAUUUAUUCAAUCUCAUCUUGACAGACACAACAGGAGACACUAUACACCGUGUGACAGAUAUAAAACCAUGGUAUGUAGGACGACACACAGUGAACAGUUCUGGUGAACUGAUUUAUAUAGACAGUGAUUAUAACAUCAACAAACUGUCUACAGACAAUAAAACAGUCACCAGACUGAUACAGAGUACAUCACCAUGGUAUACACGGUGUGUGUGCUGCUCCCCGUCCACUGGAGAUCUGAUGGUGGGGAUGGAUAACACUGAUACAGAGACAGGCAAGGUAACCCGGUACAACAGUAGUGGUCAACACAUCCUGACCAUAGAACACGACAACACAGGUCACACGCUGUAUAGUGAUCCUCUCUGUAUCACAGAGAAUAAUAACGGUGAUAUCAUUGUGUCUGACAGGAUUAAAUCUAACCGUGGUGCUGUAGUGGUGACAGAGCGCGGGGGCAGACAUCGAUUCUCCUACACAGGACCUCCAUCAGGAUCAUCACUAGAACCAAUAGGAGUCUGUACAGACGCGCUGUCACACAUCCUGGUGUGUGAUGAUAACACCCACACAGUACAGAUGAUUGACAAGGACGGUCACUUCCUGUCUCUGUUACUGACACGACAACACGGGAUAAACAGACCACGCAGCCUGAACUAUGAUGAUAAAACUCACCUUCUCUGGGUCGGAUCAGACAUCACCAACACAGUGUCUGUAUAUAGAUAUCUACAGAGGAGGUACUCUCUGACUGACUAUCCAGACAUUGAGGAAGAGGACACCAGAGAAGAAUCUGACACUGAUGACAAGGACGCCAGGGAAAAAUCUGACUCUGAUGACGAGGACGCCAGGGGGAAAUCUGACACUGAUGACAAGGACGCCAGGGGGAAAUCUUACUCUGAUGAUGAAGACGCCAGGGGAAAAUCUGACUCUGAUGAUGAAGACGCCAGGGGAAAAUCUGACUCUGAUGACGAGGACGCCAGGGGAAAAUCUGACUCUGAUGACGAGGACGACAGGGAAAAAUCUUACACUGAUGACGAGGACGCCAGGGGGAAAUCUGACACUGAUGACGAAGUCGUCAGGGGAAAAUCUGACUCUGAUGACGAGGACGCCAGGGGAAAAUCUGACACUGGUGACGAGGACGCCAGGGGAAAAUCUGACUCUGAUGACGAGGACGCCAGGGUAAAAUCUGAUUCUGAUGACGAGGACGCUAGGGGAAAAUCUGAUGACGAGGACGCUAGGGGAAAAUCUGAUGACAAGGACACCAGGGGAAAAUCUGAUGACGAGGAUGCCAGUGGAAAAUCUGACUCUGAUGACGAGAAUACCAGGGGAAAAUCUUACCCUAAAUCAUUUUGGCAGCGGUGUAUUUUGGUUUAGAUAUGACAUACGAUUAUACCAUUACCCUUCCUUCAGCCAUUAAAUCUGACCUACAUUUCCUCAUCUAGUGAUGGUGUACACUGAUUACAUUUCCUCAUCUACUGAUGGUGGACACUGAUUACAUUUCCUCAUCUAGUGAUGGUGGACAUUGAUUACAUUUCCUCAUCUAGUGAUGGUGGACACUGAUUACAUUUCCUCAUCUAGUGAUGGUGGACAUUGAUUACAUUCCCUCAUCUAGUGAUGGUGGACAUUGAUUACAUUUUCAUUUCAACUCGAUGUGAUGUAUGGUCAUUUUGAGAAAUAUUAAAUCAUGUAUUUUCAUAGAA